GCAACUAUUUGCUUGGAAAAUCUUAUCAGUCAAGAAUGUAAUCCACUCUAUUUUCGAGGAGAUCGUAAUCAGAUGCCAGUAUCUCUGAUUAUGUAAAUUAUUGUUUUGAGUUUUUUUUUAUUCCAUACCCUGGUGCCGCAAACAGUGUAAAUUAACGUGAAUUCGCUCGAAGGGAAAGAACCCAUAAAUGUUUGUAAGAACAUAAUAAAUUUUCGCUCGUUUCGAUUCACUUAGACACGUCGUUUGCAUACCGAUUCACUGACCUACCACUUAUCGUCUUUAUCGCUCUCCUCGGAAAAAGAAUCGAACCAUGGAUUCGCCCGUGGAGGCAAUAGGCUUACAAAUUACCCGAUAAAGUAUGAUAUUGCAAGAACACGUGACGAUUACGUGUUUACGAGAGUCAAGUGUUUUAUCGACUCGGGCUUGCGUAUACACGUGCUUAUUCCGCGAGAGUACGCGUUUGAACGUACGCGUUAAUACAUGGAUGAAGGCCCCACGGUCGGCGUUAAUAAGAUUCGAACACUCUCCGGGGGGUCUCACUAUGUUUCCGGCGCUCGAUCAUUUGGAUCGUUCGAUUCCUGGGAACUUUCCGCGACGAUUGGGGCCAGCGUCGUUCUCUCCUGAUUAUUUCUCGUUUUCGGUCGACAGAUCCUUCCAAACCGGCACAAUGAAGAACCUGGCGGAGACGAAGGCGAUCUGGAGUUCCGCAGACGCGGUUUCCUUCGACGUCGACUCGACCGUUAUUCAAGACGAAGGGAUCGACGAACUCGCCAAGUUCUGCGGAAAGGGGCAACAGGUCACCGAGCUAACGAAACAGGCGAUGCAGGGCAACAUGACGUUUCAGCAAUCGCUGACCGUAAGACUGAACAUCAUUCGACCUAGCUUGACGCAAGUCAAGGAAUUUCUGCAUACCCAUCCGCUGAGGCUAACUCCCGGUAUCAAAACCCUGGUUAACACUUUGCAGUCCCAGAAGAAGCAGGUGUUCCUGAUAUCAGGAGGUUUCCGAUGUCUGAUAGCACCGGUAGCUGCCCAACUGAACAUUCCCGCUGAAAACAUUUGCGCUAACAGGCUUAAGUUUUACUUCAAUGGAGAGUACGCAGGAUUUGACGAGAACGAGCCGACUGCUAAAACCGGUGGAAAGGCGGAAGCGAUUCGGCUUUUGAAGGAGAAAAGGAAUUUUAAAACGCUGGUUCAUGUUGGGGAUGGAGCUACCGAUUUGGAGGCAUGCCCGCCUGCUGAUGCUUUCAUUGGAUUUGGAGGAAAUAUUGUUAGGGAAGCUGUACAGUCUCGAGCAUCAUGGUUCGUCAGAGACAUGAACGAACUGAUAGAAACGUUGAUUCCCCAAAAAUUUGAAACGAACCAUAUUUAAAUCUAAUUUUGUAUAUAAUUAAGGAUCACUUCAAUUUCCAUUACAAAAAGCAUUUUGUCAAACGGAGGUAGUAGAGGUCAUUCUUAGCUGGGCAAGAGGCUUCUAUACGAUAAAAGUCAACUGCAUUUGGUACAAACUAUGGUUUCUUUUUUUUUUUUUUUGGUAGCUAAGCGUUAUCUUUUCGAAGCAUAUUUUUAUAACUGCGUUUUUUUGUACAUCGAUAUCAAGGAAGAUUGGGAACCGCCGGAGGUAUUACCGUCGACUGUACUUGCAGUAUUUUUAAGAUGUAUAAAUGAUUAAGCAAGCUCGAUAAUUACGACGGGAAAUAUUCAUAUACUCGUAAUGGUUACUUAUAUGAACGUACAAGUAUUAUUAUGUCCCAUUUAAGGUCUAGAUCAAGAAAGAUGUCUAAUAUAAAAUAUUGAGUUGUAUACCUUGUAUCUGUUUUAUAAUUAUGAUAUGUUCCUGCUACUUCAAAAAUAAAUGUUCGACCUAUUUCGAGUGUU